UUUGUGGGGGCUCUCCGGCCUUCAGCCUCCCGGAAAGGCCCGGGGGUGGCCUUUCCGAAGUCAGAUCGCAGAUCCGUGGCAGUUUCCCUCUCCUUGCGUCCGUCAUCGAAACCUUGAACCCCAUUGAGAAGUCCCUUCAGGGCUUUGGAAGCCUGACCCUAGGCUGGAAUAGGAAAAAGAAAAAACCAAAAAACUAAACUAAACCCGUACCAGCCACCUCCGGGAGAGUUCUCCUGACUCCCAGUAGGAGGCGGAGAGCCAAGGGGCGUGCAAGAGCGAGGGGGCUGGGCUCCCGGGUGGCAGGAGGCCGCGGCUGUGGAGCGGCCGCCCUCGAUCCGGGCGAUGGAGGAGGAAGCAAGCGAGGGGGCUGGUUCCUGAGCUUAAUUCCUGUGUCGCCUUCUGAGCUCCCAGCCUUGCCGGGUCGCAUGAUCCCUCCGGCUGGAGUUGCUUUUUUUGCCAGCCGCCGCGAGGCCGGCUGAGUUACCGGCAUCCCGGCCACCACCUCCUCUCCCGACCUAUGAUACAAAAGAUCUUCCGGGGGCUGCACCUGCCCGCUGUCGCCUGAGACGGAUUUGAAUCUCUUUCUCUCCCUUUAGAAUCUUAUCUUGGCUUUGGAUCUUAGAAGAGAAUCACUAAGCAGAGACCAGACUCAGUGAGUGAGCAGGUGUUUUGGACAAUGGACUGGUUGAGCCCAUCCCUAUUAUAAAAAUGUCUCAGAGCAACCGGGAGCUGGUGGUUGACUUUCUCUCCUACAAGCUUUCCCAGAAAGGAUACAGCUGGAGUCAGUUUAUCGAUGCAGAAGAGAACAGGACUGAGGCCCCAGAAGCGACUGAAUCGGAGAUGGAGACCCCCAGUGCCAUUAAUGGCAACCCAUCCUGGCACCUGGCGGACAGCCCCCCAGCGAAUGGAGCCACUGGCCACAGCAGCAGUUUGGAUGCCCGGGAGGUGAUCCCCAUGGCAGCAGUGAAGCAAGCACUGAAGGAGGCGGGCGAUGAAUUUGAACUGCGGUACCGGCGGGCAUUCAGUGACCUGACAUCCCAGCUCCACAUCACCCUAGGGACAGCAUAUCAGAGCUUUGAACAGGUAGUGAAUGAACUCUUCCGAGAUGGGGUAAACUGGGGUCGCAUUGUGGCCUUUUUCUCCUUCGGCGGGGCCCUCUGCGUCGAAAGCGUAGACAAGGAGAUGCAGGUAUUGGUGAGUCGGAUCGCAACUUGGAUGGCCACUUACCUGAAUGACCACCUAGAGCCUUGGAUCCAGGAGAACGGCGGCUGGGACACUUUUGUGGAACUCUACGGAAACAAUGCAGCAGCUGAGAGCCGGAAGGGCCAGGAACGCUUCAACCGCUGGUUCCUGACGGGCAUGACUGUGGCUGGCGUGGUUCUGCUGGGCUCGCUCUUCAGUCGGAAAUGACCAGACACUGACCAUCCACUCACCCUCCCAUCCCCUGCCCUGCCCCACCACAUCCCUCCGUCCAGCCACCAUUGCCACCAGGAGAACCACUACAUGCAGCCUGUGCCCGCCCAUCCACCUACCACUGGGUUGGGCCCAGACCUGGUCCCCUGCAAUUAGUUUUCUAGAAUUUACCACGCUUCUGUGAGAGCCACCUUCCCCCACACCUCAGUUCUCUCAGCCUCGAAAUCCCCAAAGUUUCCCCCAAAUCUGCCCCAUGGAGGCAGGCAGGUAUGGGAGGGCUUGUGGCUGAGGGCAGGAGGGCCCUGCCUGAUUGGUGGAACCCUUACCCCUUAGCCUCCCCAAAAAUGCUUUUCUGCCAGGGAGCUGGAAAGUUUUAGGAACCUCUUCCCGAGAAAGAGAGACUAGAUUGCCUUUGUUUCAAUGAUCAUUCCCCACCCCUACCCCUGACCUAGGCUCCUCUUCAUUCCAUCCCCAUCCCCAAGAACCACUUAGAGGACAUGCGUGACUAAUUAGGGAUUCAGGCUGCUUGGAAUAAAGAAGCAAGGACCAGGACUCCCUCCCCACCUCUGGUCUGGCCAAAGUCCCCACUCCCAGUCCGAAUGUCCUCCAGAGGCCUCUGGCUAGAGGCCAGCCCCACACAGGAGGGAGGGGGCUAUAGCUGCAGGAAGCACCCCAUGCCAAAGCUAGGGUGGCCCUUGCAGUUUAGUACCACCAUAGUCCCUUCCCCUCCCCUGGCUCCCAUGACCAUGACUGAGGGACCAACUGAGCCCAAGGCAGAUGGUGCCCCAGAGCUGUUUAUGGCCUCAGCUGCCUCACUUCCUGUAAGGAGAUCAGCUGGUGGCAUCUUUGUCUUGGGCUGUUGCCCAUGGGGUCCAGGGGUUCAGGGGCCUCAGCUCAGAGGUGAAGGGGAGCUAUAGGGACAGCCGUAGGAGCCCUUGGGUCUUCCCUACCUCAGGCAGGAAGGGCAAGAAGAAAAGCCUGGUGCACAGGGUUGGGGUGAGGCAGACUGGAGGGGCCAUCUAGCCUGGGCAGCCGGGCUGCCAAGGACAGAGUGGCCUGGCCAGGAGCCCUUUAGGCCUCCCUCUCUCCUCUGCUCCACCCUUGCCCUGUCCCGGGGGUCCCGGCCCAGCCCCAGUCACCCUGGGCUCUCUGCUGUACAUAUUCGAGACUAGUUUUUAUUCCUUGUGAAGAUGAUAUACUAUUUUUGUUAAGCGUGUCUGUAUUUAUGUGUGAGGAGCUGCUGGCUUGCUGUGCGUGUGCACGUGGAGAGCUGGUGCCCGGAGAUUGGACGGCCUGACGCUCCCUCCCCUGCCCUGGUCCAGGCAAGCCGGCCAGGGGCCCUGGCUCCUGAGGGGCACAUGUCCCUCCCCCAACCCCCCCCACACACUUGUUCCAGCUCUUUGAAAUAGUCUGUGUGAAGGUGAAAUUGAAGUUAAGUAAUAAACCGUGUUGACUCAGUGAACAAA